AUGUCGGGGGUGGAGGUGAUAGCAGUCGUAGCCUGUGUGGCAGCCAUCGUCUCCGCCUACAAUGACGGAUCGCGGAUGUAUACGGCCAUUAAGAAGAAAUAUCACGAGCGCCAGUCCACCCGGGCACUAGAACGGUCGCUCACUCUCGGCCGUACCGAGAUCCAGUCUCGCUUUGAUCAGCAUCAUCAAGAGCUGGGACGACGAUACUGGGACGGUGACGCGAUCGCUCGUGAACAGAUGAAAGAUAUCAUCAUCACACUGCAGGGGGCGUUGCUGAGACACCUCCGUGAGGCACAGGAGCAGGGGACGACUCUGGAUCUGAACGCGUUGCAGAUAGAGUCCGACCAGGGGCGCGUUCGCACGCUCGCCAUUUUAGGAGAUCUGUAUCUGCGUCUUUCGAGGCCAUCGCAUAUCCCGCCAUCUUUUUCGAUGUUCAUUAAUGCAGAUCCAAACUAUCACAGGAUAAACCUGCAGGGCGGUGGAUAUCCUUCCAAUAGUCCGGACGGAUACUUGCCAUCCUACUCGUCGGAGAUGCGAUACCUUUCUGGCGGAUAUCCCGUAUCACCAGGCAGUUACACACCAGGCCGGGUUCUAACGCAGGACACAGUCGGUUCACCGAGAGAGUAUCCGGCCACCAGUCCAAGAACGAGGAGAAGAUCAUCGGCCAUUGGGUCAGCUUGGACUAGUAUGGGCGAAUUAUUUCAUUCCCGUCCAGGCCGCUCGAGUACACAACCAUUCGCAUCGUCGGCGCCCGAGCCCGGGUACAUCCCACCCAGAGAAUACGACGCGGUUUCGCCGUUGACAACAAACCAAAUUCCGGAACUCGAUGUCAGACCAGCCACGCCACACAGACCUCAUUUGCAAUUGAGCCCAAUACCCCACGAUGUCGUUUCAGGGAACCCGUGGAAGGACUCUGACUCCGACUCCGGUGAUGACGCCUUCAGCCCUGCUCGGAUCAAAGAAGAAAACUCUCACCUCUCGACCAUAUCCCCGUCGACGCAAACCCGCCACAGUUCCGUCUCCGCAGCCUCAACCGCCUCCACGGACUCAACCCCGUCAAACCCUUCUACCCUCAGCAGCACCGAUGCAAACCGACCCCUGUGGCCACCUAGCAAAUCGAACAACUACCUGGGCUUCUGCAAAGGUGCUUGGAAAGUGCAUACCGGAUUCCGGGGAUUCCGAAUCUACACCGAACCCGGAACAGGCUUUUACACGCAACAGUCAUGGCUACGGUGCGCGCAUUGCGCUUUCGAAGCACCCAUGGCCCCUAAGAGUUCCAGCCGCAAUCCGCAGUUCGAGGGAAGUGUCCGUACGCACAAAGCUAGCGGUGUCCGGUAUCGAUUCGGGUUCUUGGCCAAGUCACAUGUGCACUGUAAGCGGGACGCCGCGUCGCAUUUUGCUCCUAAUACUCCCCGCGGCGCGUUUUGCUGUGUCUUUUGCUGUGCGAUGGCACAUGGAUCGAUGCAGGUUUAUGGGAAUCUAGAUACCUUUAUGGCACAUCUGGCGGAACAGCAUUCGGCGGUUGAGAGGGGAACGUUAGCGGUUUUGCCUAGUAUACGGCGUGUGGUUGGUCGAAUAGCGCCUGAUUCAGAGGAUUUUGAUGUGAAUAUCUUGGCGGUACGCGGCUGA